AUGAAUCAGUAUCUAGCUUUUGCUGCAGUAAUUUUCACAAGUAUCACCACCUUGUUUACUAUUGCACCAGUUAAUGAGAUUGCCGUUUUAGAAAAAGAACCAACAUUUAUUACACCAGAACCUCUUGAUUUUCAAUUUGAAGAAAAUGAAAUUACACCAGAAACUGAAAAUUUUUAUGAUAAGGCUAAAGAAACAGGUAUAAAAAUUAAAGAAAAGACAAUCGAAUAUACAAAAAAAGGAGCCAAUAAAGUUAAAGAAACAGGUGCAAAAAUUAAAGAUAAAGCUAUAGAAUACACAAAGAAAGGGGCACAGAAAGCAAAAGAAACAAUUAAAGUUGUUGAAGACAAAAUUGAACAAGGUGUAGAAUAUACUAAAGAAAAAGGAGAAACUUUAUUGAGUUCUGCAUUAGAGAAAGGCCAUGAAGUUUAUAUUAACAUUAAAGAACAAACAAGUAUUGCCUAUGAAGUUGCCAAAGACAAAACAAUUGAUUUAUAUAACAAAUUAAAACAAUACUUUGGUAGCUCAAAUGAAGAAAAAGAAGAAGUAGCUGAUGUUGAAGAAGAGAGUGAAUAUUUGAAUAUUGAAGAUGGUAGUCAAGAGUUUGAAGAAAUCAUUAAAGAAGAAAUUAAUAAACCUAUUCAAAAUGAUAAUAAAGAACCAAUUACUAUUGAAGAAGAAGUUGUUGUUAUUCCAGAAGAAUAUGUUCCAAUUAUUGAAGAAAAAGAAGAAGAGUCAAAACAAGAAACUACAGAAACUGAAACAAUUAAAUCCAAACAAAUGUCAUAUAUAACUGUUAUUAAACAAAGUAUCAUUCAUUUAUGUAGUGUCAUCAAAACAAAAUUCAUUAAAAUAAUCAGAGGAAUGGUAUUUUAUUUUAACAAAUUGAUAUCAGUUAUAUUAGAUGGUGCUCGAUUUACAAAACAUAGUAUUAUUAAUUUUUAUCGUACAAUAUUUAAUAAUAAUAAAGAAGUAGAACUUAUUCCAGAACAAGAAAAAAUAGAAGAACAAUCAUCUAAUACAAUUUAUCAAAAAAUAACAAAAAUUGGAGGUAGUAUAAAAGAAGGAAUAGAGUUUUAUAAUGAUCUUGUCAUUGACGAGAUUGUUCAUUUCAUUGAGCAACAUUCAUUGUAUAAUAAUUAUAAAGAAGGAAUUUCUAAAACAUUAACUUUUAUGCGAAUGAAUGUAUUAAUAAAAUUUUAUGGAGAAACACUAGCUUGUCUUAUUUAUGCACUCUUCUUCACUUUUUUGUUCCUUCUUCCUUUGUUGAUCUGUGAGCGUUAUCUUUAA